CGCUUGUAGCCCAGCGCGCCUUGCUCGGCCUGCUCAAUGUGCCGUGACGACGCCGCCGCUCACCCCGCUGAUCUCUCUCUCUCUCUGUUCCGCAGGGGCAUCGCGAAGGCCGGCGAGCCCAACAACCUGCUGCCGCACGCGCCCCUGUCGCCGGGCAUGCUCUACAUGGACGCCAGCCUGCACGUGAACCUGCGGCGCAAGCAGCGGCGCCUGGUGCGCGACAACCCCGGCGUGCUGCUGGCCGUGUCCAAGGGCGCCAAGGCGGCCGUCAGCGAGUGCCAGUACCAGUUCAGGAACCGGCGGUGGAACUGCUCCACGAGGCACUUCCAGCGCGGCAAGAACCUCUUCGGCAAGAUCGUGGACAGAGGGUGCCGCGAGACGGCCUUCAUCUACGCCAUGACCUCGGCGGCGGUGACGCACGCGGUGGCGCGCGCCUGCUCCGAGGGCAGCAUCGAGUCGUGCACGUGCGACUACAGCCACCAGGCGGCCGCGCUGCCGGGCCUGCACGGCGCCAACGGCCUGGGCGUGGGCGUGGGCGGUGCUGGGCUGCCCAUGCACUCGCUCGUGUCCAACUCGGCGGUGGGCCCGCCCGGGCCGCCCGGCCGCGGGGUGCGCGACUGGGAGUGGGGCGGCUGCUCCGACAACAUCGGCUACGGCUUCCGCUUCUCCAGGGAGUUCGUGGACACGGGCGAGCGGGGCCGCUCGCUCCGGGAGAAGAUGAACCUCCACAACAACGAGGCAGGCAGAGCGCACGUGGCCUCCGAGAUGCGGCAGGAGUGCAAGUGCCACGGCAUGUCGGGCUCGUGCACGGUGCGGACCUGCUGGAUGCGGCUGCCCAGCCUGCGCGUCGUCAGCGACAACCUCAAGGACCGGUUCGACGGCGCGUCCCGGGUGCUCGUCAGCAACUCGGGCAACGCGGCCGGCGUCAGCAACCGGGUGAGCAAGGCGCACCUCAGCAACGUGGCGAACCGCGCCCACGCGCGCGAGGAGCGGGGCAACAGCGCCCGGCCCAACAUGCCCCCCACGGCGCCGCACCGGGGCAACGGCGGCAACGGCGGCGGCGGCGGCGCGCGGCGCAACCGCUACAACUUCAAGCUCAAGCCGUACGACCCCGAGCACAAGCCGCCCGGCACCAAGGACCUCGUGUACCUCGAGACGUCGCCCGACUUCUGCAACCGUCACCCGCGCCUCGGCAUCCAGGGCACGCACGGCCGCCAGUGCAACGACACCUCCAUCGGCGUCGACGGCUGCGACCUCAUGUGCUGCGGCCGGGGCUACCGCACCCAGGAGCUGCACGUGGUGGAGCGUUGCGCCUGCACCUUUCACUGGUGCUGCGAAGUCAAGUGCAAGCUGUGCAGGGUCAAGAAGACGGUCCACACCUGCCUGUGAGGCCGCCUACACCGCCCGCCGGGCGGCCGCGCCCUCGACACAAGCGUGUACAUAGCAUAGUAUACAUAUAUAUAUUUUAAAAUACAUUACCUGUACAUAGGUCGAAGGCCCGGCCGCUGCGGCGGUCGAGGGCUCGUCGGUGCCGGCAGACCCCCUGGCACCUGCAACGCAACCAAAGUCAGUGUGUAGAAAUAAGGUUGUCUUUCCGUUGAAUGUUUUGUAAAUCAAGUUGUGUUUUUAUUUGUAUUAUGAUUGUUUUAUUUUUCAAUAGAAAAAAUUAAUGUUCCUAAAUCAAAGGCGAGAGUCUAUAAAAAAACAAAAAAACAAGAAGUAGCGUGUCAAAUUGGUGACACGUGAACGCGUGAUCUAAGGGCAGCGUGCCUUUAUUGCCUCCGUAUCGUACUCAAAUGAACUGAUAUUUAUUUCCUUUCUCAAUUUGUUAAUAUAAAUAUAGCAGAGUUAGGGUCUAUGGUAACCUUUCUAGAAUGCUCCCAGGGCCAUCAUUCAAUGGUUGUCUGACUUGGUUGAGCGGCUAUAAACUCAAGUCCUGAUCGUACUAACGUGUUCUUUUAGCAUUAUCAACAGUCACGUACGACGUGUAAAAUGACAUGUGUAUUCUCUGCCAUCUGAGUGGAGCGCUUGCCAUGAUUUUUAACAGUAUUAUUUCAUCAUGUUGAUGAACCGCAGCUUAUCUCUGCCCAAGAAUUUUUGUAUUAAUAUACGCUGCUGUACGAUAGUCUGAUUAAAUCGUUUUAUAAUGUAAUUAUUAAUUUGUAUGUAAGAUAAUUUAUUUAUGCCUUGUUUAACCUGCAAAAGAGCAAAGAUCCAAAUUUUUACGGUGUCUUUACGAUAAACAAUGCGUUUUGCUUCGCGCUAGUCAAAAGAGCAACAAUGUUUUAGUGUAUAUAUUAUGCAGACUUUAAUUGUGUACACAUCCUACAUUGAGCAGCCAAUGUACAUACCGUUUUCUGUUAUUGUUUGCGAAUUAUGUUCUUCGCAAUAUGAUAUUAACUUUCAUUAUGUCCUUGCCAUAUUCUGAGUGAUUUAGAGAAUGCACAAGAGCAUGUUACUUAAAAAGUUUUUGUUGCUUAGGUAUUAUAGGAUAAUCAAAUAAUCUAAGAAUGAAGUACUGAUUCCCGUUUAAUUAAAUUAUUGUGAAAAUGAAUUGUGUGGUGGAGAUCAUUGUGAUUUGUAAAUAGACAAAGCCCUCACUCUAUGCUUUGUUUAUUCCUAUUUGUAAACAUCUUCUCAGUGACUUAAAUAUUCCAUCAUCGGCAAAACAAUUCUGAAAUUUUUGAGUAGAAACCAAUUGAAUAUUUUUAUUUAUAUCAUGAAAUUGUAACAGAACAUUAAAUGUGCCAUGAACAUAAGGACGGUUCCCCCACUUUAGUACAAAAUAGAACUAUUACUUUGUAUUACGUUGAUAUGGUUAAGGUCACUGUCUUCCAUUAGAUUUUAAAAAUGUACCUUUUAUGACAUUGUUCCUAGUUUCCAGUACAUUCUGUCAUGGCAACUCAAUUGUCACGUUUAUUAAAACAAAUCUGUUUUUCUAAAUCGAA